CUUUUAGGUGGAAUUUUUCAUUUUUUGAAAGGACUUCUAUCAAUAGAUUGCUAGAAAUCCUUAUCCAGUUUGUGCUUGUUUUUGAGGGUUUGUCCGAUGGGAUGAUGAUGAUGAUGAUGACGUGGACAAUGAGGAGAUCUUAGCCCCUCCAAGAGAGCUAAAGGCUAACCCCCAUCUGCCAGCAGGCAGGCUCAGAGACUAUCUGGAAGGAUAGUGAGACACCUACUGACUAAUAUAACGGCAGCUGGAGACAGAAGGAGAGUCGGACAGGAAUCCAGAACAAUAGGCAACUUCACAGAAAGCACAAUGCGAAUCUGACACACAUCUUUAGAGCCAGACAGGCUUUCCUGCAGCUGAAGAUGAUGAACGGUCUCCCUCGCUAAUCCUUGAUGCUAUGGGAAUGAUGGACCUCCCUAAUGGCCAACCAAGUGUCACCACCGCCGCUCUGACAGUCUCUGAGAAAUGCAGCAGCUCGGAGUCUCUCAGUGAAAAGGCGUCUUCCGAGCUGAAGAAAAGUUUUGAUGCUGUCGUGUUUGAUGUGUUGAAGGUCACUCCUGAGGAGUAUGCAGGCCAGAUUACACUCAUGGAUGCUCCAGUCUUCAAAGCCAUUCAGCCAGAGGAGCUGGCGAGCUGUGGCUGGAACAAGAAAGAGAAACACCGCUCCGCUCCAACUGUGGUCGCCUUCACCCGCAGGUUCAAUCAGACAAGUUUCUGGGUGGUACGAGAGAUCCUCCACGCGCAGACGUUGAAGAUCAGAGCUGAAGUUUUGAGUCUUUAUAUCCGCACUGCCAAGAAACUCUGCGACAUGAAUAACCUCCACGCAGUCAUGGCUGUGGUGUCAGGCUUACAGAGCGCCCCCAUAUUCAGGCUGACUAAAACAUGGGCGUUACUGAGUCGGAAGGACAAGGUGACGUUUGAUCGGCUCGACUUCCUAAUGACCAAAGAAGACAACUAUAAACGUCUGAGGGACUUCAUAAGCAACCAGAGUAUGGUCUCUUGCAUCCCGUAUCUAGGGAUGUACCUGUCUGAUCUGACAUACAUAGACUCGGCAUACCCUUCCACGGGCAGCAUCCUGGAAAACGAACAGAGGUCCAAUCUGAUGAACAACAUUCUCAGAAUCAUCUCGGACCUGCAGAGGUCCUGUAAUUACGAUGUGCCGGUGUUGCCUCACAUACAGAAGUAUCUGAACUCAGUCACCUACAUUGAGGAGCUGCAGAAAUUUGUGGAGGAUGACAAUUAUAAAUUAUCACAGAAGAUUGAGCCAGGGACCAGCACACCCAGAGCCAAUUCUUCCAAAGAAGAUCUAGUUGGCCAGGAAGCAUCUGCAUCUCCUCUCUGCAGCCGCAAGAGCUCAGCAACGGCUGAUGGAACCAAAGUUCCUGCCACCCCACCAUCUCCCAGGAACCUGCUGCCCUAUGGACACAGGAAGUGCCACAGCCUGGGCUACAACUUUAUCCACAAAAUGAAUACAGUUGAGUUCAAGAGUGCAACUUUCCCAAAUGCCGGUUCCCGCCACUUGUUGGACGACAGUGUCUUAGAGAGCCACAGCCCCACCAGAGGACAGGCAGAGAGCUCGACUCUGUCCAGUGGGAUCUCACUUGGCAAGUGGAGCAGCGAGGGCUCUGAACUCAGCGAGGAGAUGUCUUGGCCAGCUUUUGAAAGGACCCGCUUCUAUCACUCUCUGGGCCCAGUGACCCGCAUGGCCCGCAUCCCAUACAGAGGAGUCCUAAGGCCCAGCAGCUCUGCGGAGUCCGAGGACCUCGCAGUCCACUUGUACCCGGGAGCAGUCACAGUGCAAGGGGUGCUGAGGCGGAAAACUGUGCUCAAAGAGGGCAAGAAACCGACUGUGGCAGCGUGGACUAAAUAUUGGGUCGCUCUUUGUGGAGCCCAGCUCUACUACUAUCCCGCCAAAUCCCUCAAGGCCACCGAGAGGAAGCAUUUCAAGUCCACAUCCAGCAAAAGCGUGAGUGUGGUCGGCCUCAUGACCAUGAUGGCUGAUGACCCGGAACAUCCCGACGUCUUUCUGCUGACCGACUCUGAGCACGGCAACACCUACAAGUACCAGGCAGGGAACAGAACGAAUGCGAUGCUUUGGUUCAAGCAUCUGAGUGCUGCCUGUCAGAGCAACAGACAGCAGGCACCAGCUAAUCUGAUGUCAUUUGAGUGACACUCAGCAGCACACAUGAGCAAAGAAGAAAGGGACGAGGAAGAGCACCGACUCAGUAGUGGGAGCUUACACUGCCACGAGCCACGUCAGCUGACUCAGCGUUUCUAGCCUCCGUCUCGCUGCAGCCUCACCUGCCACCACUGCCUUAACCAGAGUCCCUUGUGUGUUGAUGUGUGUGGAUUAUAAGAGACUGUUUUGGAUGCGUUGACUACUGAACAAGGACCUGCACCACUGCUCUCCUCGUCUAUUUGCUCCUUCUUUAGUCCAGCGCCUCGGCUUCGUCUUGUACCCUCAUGGAUCAUUCCUUGAGGUUUAGGGAUGCUCCUUGACUCUUCCUUUUCUCCUUUCUCCUCACUGGUGCAGACAGUCUUUGUCAUACUCUUUUCUCAUUUUAAGAAUUGAUAUGUCCAUCUCUUUAUACGCACCACCCUUGGACCUACCCACUUGGACAUCAAAAAGUCUGAGAACACUUUCUGAAGUGCUUAGUAUAAUUAUUUGCCCCCCCUCGGUCACUUGGGUGGGCGCACAGAGACUCUUUUUACUGCAUCGUUGAAAUCCUAAAGGGCUCUCAGUCGCUCUCAGUUCCAGCCGGAACAGGGCUCUCGUUUCCGCAAUCUUCUCAGCUUUUCCCGCUAAACUUUACCAAACUAGUUUUUUUUUCAGUAACCACAAUAAUAAUGUCCCGUCUGAAUGUGUGUGUUUGUAUAACUGCAUAGGGGGACAGAUGGGGGGGGGGGGGGGGGGGGGGUGUCAUGUGGUACGAUCAGAACCUAAGCUGUGUUCACCGUUUGACAGACUCCUUUUCCUGCAUUUCUUUGCUUUCCGGGCGACGCCAGCUCAUAGAAGUGCUGGAUUUACAGGACUCACAUAAUACACUACAACAUGAAACUGUGAAAAGGUCCACGAUAGAGAGAGCAAAAGGAACUCAGAAAGCAUCAUUUUUAUGAUCUCUUGUCAUCUUUGUUGCUCCUCCUUGGAUUCCCUGGUCUGGAGGAGACACAGGGAGCUUCAGUCUGUUUAAUUGCUCUUUUUUUCUUCUUCUUUGUGGUGUUUUAGCGGGGUGAGGUGGUCUUCACAGUAUUACUAUUUAGAAAAUGAUUGCACAGAAAUGUAGGUUGGUCUGUUAUGUUUGAAAUGUUACAUUGUGUUUUCUUUUGCAACCUUUAUUUUAGCAUUUUUAUGACCUUUUUUGUUGGGUUCUGCAGGAGAGUUGCUCUUUCUGCUAUGAACCACGACCCAGCCUAGAAAAACCGACAUGGAAGUGGCACCUUAGUAAGGAUUGGUGCCAUCCAACCAUAGCAUGAUAGUUUUGUUUUUAAUUCAAGCUGACCAAAAGGUAUGAAUUUAAAAAGCUUAGCUGGGAUGGAGUGUAGAUUCUAGUAUGUUUAAAUGGAAAAUCUAGGUUUUUGUGCAUCUAAGCUGUAUCAGUGAGCCAGAGAAAGACAGUAGCUGUUUGUUCGGGUGAGAACAGGAGCAAUAAGCUGUUGAGGACAAUGAUGAGGUGCUUUUUGCACCCAGAAAAAUCCAAAACCUAAUAUGAAUCCACUUUUUUUGAAAAGCUGUUUACUUUGUAUGUUUACAUAAUCUUUUGUCUAAACCUUGCACUGCUCCGCAUGUACUGUAUUAGUCGGGGUUGUGUAGUGUGGAAUCAGGCGGAGUUCAACUCGCCGGAGGCGCUGGGGGAUGAUGGUUGUGUUUAUGCGAGAAGGGCACUGAUUUCUAUCUAGAGCACAUCGGUUUUGACAUCACAACCAUGUAUUAAAACCAUCCCCACUUCAGUAUACUGUACCGUUUCCACAUAUGUGUGUUUAGGUCUGUUGCUAUUGAUUGAGAUGAAGUCUAAAUCUGGAGAGCUGUUAUCUGGUAACCAAUGGAAAUGGUAGAUGAACCUGUGGAGGGAUAAAUGUGGAAGCCAAAGACAAGCCUGUGUAAUGUGAGUGUGCAUUUGGGAGCCUGAGCACGCAACUUUUUUUUAAAACUAUUUUUAUUUUGAAGCAGCGUAACUUAAAUCCAAUCUGACAAUUCUUCAAGGCUGCUGCUCUCACUGCUGUGCAGUGGGCUCCAUCAGCUACCCAAUCAUAGUUGAGAUGCUUUUGGGUCAAUCUACGACCUCCACAGUGGGGUGUGGAGCAGGGACGUGUGCAGACGGAGGUAGAUUCAGAACUGCUGUGACAAAGGAGGGGAAGCGCUUUGGACUGCGUUCCCUGUGGGAUGGUAAAGGAGGGCGCUGAUGGUUCUGAAUCAAAGGUGUGAGCGGACAAUAAAGUUCAAGAUGGCUGUUUUAUCAACUGUUCACCUGUGUUGAACCACAAAUGCUGGUAGCUUCAUCUCAAAGAAUCUGCAGAGAUGAUGCAGCUGGCAGGGAUCAGCUUUUUUUUGGGGGGUUGUUCUCAUUAAAACAAACGGCGAUGGGAUGAAACUGACCUGGACUUCCCAGCUUUCAGUACUUGAUCGAAGCAGAGCAACAUUGAAGCUACCGGCGUUUGUGCAAACUUGUGUUCUUGUGUAUUAUGAGUUUCUCUCAUUGAUUAGCUUCUGUACAUCAUAUACUCAAAAAUGUGUGGUUUUUUUUGUAGCCAAAUUACAGCCAACCUUUUUGCCCUUUCAAUUUGAUUUUGUAAUCUUUUUUGUUUUUCUUUAAAAUGAGGGUGAGCAUUUCAAGGGCAAUCUUUAUUUAUCGUUUUAUGAAGAAAGUCGAUUCCAUGCUUUAUAUUUCUCAGCUUUACUAGAUUUCUCCUUUAAAUGACAGUGCUCCACAAAUGCUCUGUUUGCCUCACUUCUACUGUUUGGUGGAAAUCACUUUCCGUGUUCUUGAUGUUCACGCCAAAACACUUUUUCAGCUCACACGGAGGGUUCGACCAGAGGAGGCGUGGCGCCUGUGUGCACCAGUUGGGUGUUUUCCACAAUCGUCUUUGAGUCAGAGACGUUGAGGGGUACAAAUGACCUCCACCUGGCUUUGUGUGCGUCUGCUUCUCUGUGUCAUGACUGCGGCCGGCGCUGUGACCUCACUUGUGAGUGAUGUGCUGGCAAGUGUGAAGUCUGAACCAAUAAACACUCUGCCCUUCUCUUUUUUUUUUUUACUCCA